GUCCGGCUGAUUGUUAACACUGGAUUGGGCGUUCUCGAAUCGGUCACAACCCUAGAUGGGCUUUUUUACCACACGCUUCCAGGCAAAGGCGAGUAUGCCAAUGUCAUCAAGUCAGAGGAGAAUGUGGACUUUCACCUGCUGUUGAGCUCGGUUUCUGGUGCGAAGCUGAUCACAGGAAAGUCCAUGCGAGGUGACUUUCCCACCUACACUGUUCGUUUCUUGAACGCGGAGAAAGAAGUUGGAGCCAGUAUCUUCGUCAUGUGGAAACCAGGCACCAUGGGUGAUUACGACGAAGGCCAGGCUGAUGCCUAUCAAUCACUUGUCAACAAAUACGGCGAGGAGCUGCUGCAGAGCCAGCACGUGGCCCACCCACCGUCCCCCACCCUUGCUCUUUUUCCCCGUCUUACUGCUACUGAAUCAGGGGUUGUUCAAGUACCGGCGAUGAUGGAGCUGAAGGCAGCACUGACGCCGUACAUCAACCUCACGUCUGUCGGCGAUGAUGGAGAUGAAAGCAGCACUAACGCCGUACAUCAACCUCACGUGGUGGGACUGCCGGCGAUGAUGGAGCUGAAGGCGGCGCUGACGCCGUAUAUCAACCUCACGUCGUGGACGGCGACGAACCCGUGCUCCUCGUGGUGGCUCAUCACGUGUUGGACCAACGGGCUCGUGCGCCGCAUGGACAUCAGCUCCAAGGCCAUUCAAGGCAACCUGCCCUCCAUCAUCGGCAACCUCACCAGCCUCGAUGAGUUUUUUGCCACCACGAAUUGGUUCAACGGAUCCCUCCCCGACUCGUUCAGUCGACUCACAGCCAUCAGGAACCUGCAGCUGUUCAAGAACUACUUUGAGGGUCCCAUCCCCGAUUCAUGGGGCAACAUGAAGAACCUCGUGCAGCUACACCUUAACCUCAACUACUUUUCCGGGGGGCUGCCCGACACCUUCUCGCAGCUGACCAACAUGCAGAAAUUCUACGUGUCCAGCAACCUGCUCAACUCCUCCUUCCCCACAGUCGUGUGCACCAUGAAGAACCUGAGGGAGCUUCGUCUCAGCUACAACCACUUCACAGGCUCCGUACCCUCCUGCCUCAGCAGCCUCUCCUACCUCUACUAUCUGUAUAUCGACACCAAUCAGCUCACAGGCACUCUCCCUGCCACCAUCGGCGACCUUCCUGCCCUGCAGAACUUGUUCAUCAAUCAGAACAGCCUCAGCGGCCCGCUGCCUCCCACCAUCACCAAGCUCACCAACCUGCGCAUCCUCUUCAUGAGCAGCAAUCCCUAUCUGGACGGCCCUCUGCCAUCAGACCUUGGCAACAUGGUCAGCCUCACGGACUUCGUGAUGGAGUUUGCAGCAUUCAACGGCACCAUGCCUGAUUCCAUCACCAAGCUCACUCGCCUCUCCCGCAUUCUGAUGGACAACUGCCGCUUCACCGGCUCCAUCCCACAGGGCAUCAGCAACCUCAAGGCGCUCACCGUGCUGUAUCUGGAGGGCAACCGCUUCCGUGGCAGCUUCCCCGCUGGCCUUCUCACUCUGCCCAAACUCAACCUGCUAAACUUGCACGACAACCAGUUUUCAGGCCCUCUCCCGUCCGGCUUUUUCAACGCCACCAUAGUAACCGCCGGGCAGAUCAACAUUCACCACAACUACUUCAACGGCCCUGCCACCGUCAUCGCCGGCGCCUCUCCCUUCUGCCCCAAGGACCAGACCCGCAACGGCAUCUUCUACCAGUCAUCCCUCGCAUACAACUGCAUCAAUUAUCCCGCCACCAGUGCAUGCGCGCUCGCGCCCAGGGUCGAGACCCAGCUUUCGCUCACCACUUGCCAGGCGUUCUGUGGCGCUGACGUGGCGCCGUGUGGUGGGCACGGCACGUGCUGGUUUGGGGUUGGGCGGAGUGUGUCGUGUGAUUGUGACCCGGGGUAUGUGCCCACCCUGGAUGGGCUGUCCUGUGUGGCCGACACCACUGGCGUGGUGGUCUAA